AGUGACGUUUGAAAAAAUUGGAGGGGUUACUUUUUUUUCUUUGUGCGGUUACUUGAAAUUGAACUUGGAAUUGAUACUCAUUUCUUCAGUUUUGCGUCUGCCAGGCAUUCCUUCCGAAAUGAUACAUAUUUCAGCUGUUUCUUUCAAUCUCCAUUAUUGUGAACUUGUUAAGCUACCCAGAUUGUGUUAUCAAUCAGCAGCUCUGCAGACGCGUGCCUGCUAAGUCUGAUAUAGUACUGCGUCCAACUCUAAAACUGGCUGGUUUACCUUCAGAAGUGCUUCCGAAAGUGAUUAACGCUUCUAAAUGGAGAAAGAGUGACAGAUGAAACCUUAUGGCUCGUCAAGGUGCAGUAAGCGUGGAGGAAAUGAUCAGAAGAAAAGUGGCUAACAGCCGACAUUGGAAGUUCACUAAAUUAGGCAAAAAACAGCGAAGAUGGGGUUUUGAUUUCACCGUUAUGACUUAUAAUAUACUUAGUCAAAAUGCUGUCGAAAAUCACCGCUAUUUGUAUAAGUAUUGCAAUCCUUCGUUCUUAGAUGAAGAAUAUAGGAUUUCAAAGAUUAUGCCUGAAAUACUCAAAAGCCAGAGUGACGUGAUUUGUCUACAGGAAGUGGAAGAAGCGCUUUACGAUAAACGAAUCAAAAAAGUCUUCGAUUCCAAUGGAUUCGAGUCUCUUUUCAAAAGGAGGACUGGUUCGAAGAGUGAUGGUUGUGCAAUUCUUUGGAGACGAUCGAAAUUCAACCUGCUGAGGCAUCGAGAUGUCGAAUUUCGAGCGAAAGAAUGCAAAUUCUUGGAUCGAGAUAACAUAGGUUUGAUUGCUGUUCUUAAACCUAUUCAUCCAGCGAGUAAAAAGAAGGUACAAUUACAUAUAGCCACUACUCAUCUCUUAUUCAAUCCUAGAAGAGGUGACAUCAAACUUUGCCAAUUGCGUCUUUUUCUCGCAGAGUUGGAAAAAAUGGCUUUAAGGAAAGUAACGGAACAGGGUCGUCUUUAUCACCCUGUCAUACUUUGUGGGGAUUUCAAUUUUGAACCUCGUUCCCCUUUGUAUCAAUUCGUUGAAAAUGGAUGUUUACAUUUAAUAGAUAUGAAGUCGGGUGACAUGUCGGGGCAAGCCGAAGGAAAAAAUAAAGGACAGUAUGUAAAUAGCGAAAGCUUAUCUUUACAUGAACUUGGUAUUAGUGAAACUGGACGUUUUGAAGCUAUAGUACCGCCUGGAGGAGAUGAGUGUAAUUUACUCGCAAAGCCCAAGGAAACAAAGCUUUUAUCACCAGAGGCGAGUGCUAGUGGAUCAGGUAGACAGAACUCGAACAAUACUCCAUCUUAUACCAAAGAGUCAGGUAGGAAUGCAGUUAGUGUUAGUGCCGAAUGGUUAGAAGCAGUAGGUGCAUAUAAGGACCCUCGGUGGUUGUCCGCUUUAGGAGCUCUGGGGAAUGCGCAUUUGGUAAAUCAAAUAGCAUCUCAAAUCCAGCAAGCUCAUAAAUCUUCUAAUAGUCACAGUCGGCAUUCGUCCCCCAUGAGUUUAGACUCUAAUAAAUCCUCUGGUUCUUCUAGACAAGCAUCUCGCGAGGGCACUCCUCAAAGAUCUUUACCUCCAGCAGAUGCCUCUAACUCUAAUCCGGAAGACCUUGAACGUAUUGUUCGGCACGGUUUUAAUUUCGUGCCCGCAUAUAAAUAUCGUGAAGAGCAAAAAAACAUCCCAGUUACCUCCAUGACAGGGCAUGAUUUUAGUACAGUUGAUCACAUAUUUUACCACGUGAAAGAGAAACUAGGACCUAGAAAUUUUACCGAAGAUCGAUUGAAAUUGUUGGCCUUUUACUCAUUAAUGCAAUCAGAAGAAUUAGAAGGACUUGGAGGAUUGCCCAAUGCUUAUCUUGGAUCGGAUCAUGUUUGUUUGAUGGCAAAAUUCGUAAUAAACUUUAAAUGAAUUAAUUGAAGAACUGAAAAGCUCUAUUUUCAGCCUGUUUACAUAUGGUUUUAUGUUAUAGAAUUUUUAGCACAUGAAUGUGUUUCCGUUUUGUGUUAGUAAAAAUGAAAAAGGCCAAAAGAACUCCAAACCUUCCAGUAUUUGUUGCUGAAUAUGUUAGAUUUUAAAUUGUCGAAUAUUUUACAUCACUUUAAGCGUUAAAUCUGGUUUAUUUUAUUAUUAAUGAUCGUAAUCCUUCCUUUCUUCUUAAUUUAUAAUUACUAGGAUAUUUUAUUACCAUUUUUGUACACAUGUGAUAUAUUUUGUGAUAGGUUUUAAAAUAGCCUUUAAAACGAAGAUGUACGACGUUAUGUAAUAUAUAUCAGCAUUAGACUGAUUUACAUCUCCGUUGAAUUCGUUUUCAUUUGUGAUUGCCAUUAGUGAAAAACGAAACCAUUUAGUAAAAGUAUAUCAGUUAAUUACAUUAAACAGAAACUUCUUGAGCUAAUACGUUUACUUCUGUUGUCUGGAAUUAAUGCAUUUUAUUGACUCCGAAUUUCGCCCUUUCACUCAAUUUUUAGUUCCUUCAUUUAAUCUAGGAAAUAUUUUAAUGAUCAUGCCUCUUCAGGUGUUUGAAGAGCAAAACUGUAUAAAAAUCCUCCGGAUUUCUAUCGCAUUUAAAUAAAGAUUUACAAAAAA